AUGGAAAAAUCUUCGGAUGGUUUACAGACAUCAAUAGGAAAUGUGCCAACUACAAGUGCGGCGGACGCUCACAGACCCGAGACUGAUACUACACAUCCAGAUGGUUUGCUUCCGUCCCUGCAAACUGGACCUGUGACGCCCGCAACACCUUCGACCUCUGCUAAAGAUAUGCAUAUACCUGGAUCAUACAGUUCCUGCCAUGAAUGCACUGCAGACGACCUGACACGUGGCGUCAAACGGAAAUAUGGUGAAUACAAAAACGAGACAACUACAUACACACGACAAAAAUCAUGCAAUUAUACGCAUACUUCAAAACCUCGUGGAGUAAAACGUGAAUUUGCUUAUGAUAAAUCAGAGCAACCAAGAAAAAGAUUUAAAGCGGCACCACCGGAAGUGAAAAUCGCGCAACCUGAAACUAAAAAUGAACCUUCGGUUUCCAAUAGCAGUACUGGUGAUGGAAGCAAAAAUGUUCCGAACAAUGACAGCUCUGACAUUUACUCUGCAGAUUCUAGAGACGUUUUAGAUGCGCAGCCUGUAGCGGCCUCUUCAAAAGAUGUAUCAGAAGAGGAGUCACGUUACGCACAAGGUGAGCAAUCUGACGACGAGAUUUUAUGUCCAAGAUUCUGUGUAUGCAACGUCGGCCACAGUAGUAUACCCGAACCGAUUGAACGCUCUCUUCCAAUAGCAGUACCCUUAUACUGGUGCUUGCUUAUUCGCCGUUUAUACAGCCUGUCCAACAUGAAAUACACGUGCUGUCAGUCUCGGUGUGUAAGAAGGUACCAACGAGAAAGCGCCAUGCGCGUCAGUUUGCGUCAUAUGACCGAGGAUUAUUAUGCACCGGAUCUACGCGUCAACAGAUACUCGUGGGGUGAGUGGAAGGAGUGACUUUGGAAUGCAUUGAUUUAAGUCGACAACUGAUAUUUUUUAUUAUUUUAGAUGACUAAUUUUAUAGAAAAGAUGGCAUAUCGACAAGUUAAAAAUUAAACGAAAAGAAAAUAAUUAUUUCACCAAUAUUUUUCCAAGUACUUUCAGUCUUCUUCAAAAAUAGACCGCAUAAUUAUGAUAUAUGACAACUUUUGAGAGUGCUGUUCGCAAAGGUAGAAACGCCGUAUUAAAAUUGAACAUGAAACGUGUAAAUUAUCAAUUUGUUAAAGAAAAGGGAAUAUCCCAUACAGAAUUGUCAUUCUUCCACUUCCGGUUCAGAAUAACAAGACAUUCUGCAGAGAGAUUGGUAAAAAAGAAAGCAAGCCUAUAGACCUCGGCGAAUAUCAUCUUGCCCAGCUUGGAAUUUCAUAUCACCAUCAUACAAUAACGGAUGAAUAUGGCUUCAUCAAAGGAUAUGUAUUUAGGAAAUAAAUCGUGGUUUAGAAUGUGACAUUUGGGUAUGUUAAACUUAUAUGAUUUAGGCAUGUUUAAAGCAUGUGGAUUUAACAAAUUAAUAUAUUUCAUAUCCUAAUAAAAAAUACUA